AUUCUCAUGAGAAGUUUUAAUGAGGUGACGAGUAAUCAUAUUGCAAGUAUUGACAUUAUUACAUAUCUUUCAAAAGGACCAAAAAGGUAAUCAUCUAAUUGAUACCUAAGUGUUAAAUAAAUUUACUAUGUUGUGGUUUAGAAUUUUAAAGGAUCCUACUUGAAAACUGUGAAAACGAAGGUGAAUGUUGACAAUUUUGUUAUAUACCGUGUUUAAAUCACGUAAUCCACACUCCCCACUCUUUAAGAAACAAUAGCCUCAAUAUCGAUUGUUUACCGAACGAUAAAAUAGUCAGUCAGUCUACAUCAGCCGACCAACUAUGCGAGACCUGGAUUCCGAACCGGAAUCAGUAGCCGAUUGUCUUGGAGGUGCUGGUUAUAGAAGUUUUCGAGUAAGGUACCGGCAAGAUAUCAGCAACAUGGCUCCGAAACCGACAGAAAACAUGGUUUUAGGAAGAUCGAAAUCUAAAAGCCCGCCAAGGAUAUUGUCGAUGCAUGCGCAGCAGAUGAGAAUGGAACGGGGUUUUCGGAAACGACUGAAUUUUUCUUACAGCUCAAACUCCUUGAAAUCACUACAGAUGGUGUUGAACCAGGAAAGUUUACUUGCCCACAGACGUGCUUCACAACCAUUCGAUGCCUAUGGUUCGAUCACUUCAAGAGACGCGUUUCCUGAUUCUUUGUCAUCUUGUUCCUCAUCCAGUAGUAUCGCUGAAGACGACGAGGACGAAAAUCAAAUUGAACCAUUUAAUCAAAAGACAAAAGCGGACUUAAAUAAAAAGGAUAUUGACACAGCGGCUCAAGAUUUUGGAUUUGUGCAUUUGGAUGUUAAAGUGAACGAUUUAGUGAAUAAGAACAAUGGCAGACUAAAAAAUGGUGUGAAUAAAAAUAAUAAUCAUAGUGCAAAAACGAACGGUUUUAUAAAAACUGAUGUAGUAGAUUCUUCUAAAAUCAAAGAGACUAAAAAAUCUGCUAUAAUGUCUAUUAAAUCUAAUGAACGAAGGGAGUAUUUGUACAAAAUCUUAGUAAUCGGUGAAUUGGGCACAGGGAAAACUAGUAUAAUAAAAAGAUACGUGCACCAGUUCUUCAGUCAACACUAUCGGGCCACCAUCGGUGUUGAUUUUGCCUUGAAGGUUCUCAAUUGGGACAGCGACAGCGUGGUGCGUCUCCAACUAUGGGAUAUUGCAGGUCAAGAGCGUUUUGGAAACAUGACCCGGGUGUAUUACAAAGAAGCCGUAGGUGCCUUUUUGGUCUUCGAUGUCACCAGAUCCGUCACCUUUGAUGCUGUUCAUAAAUGGAAAGCGGAUUUGGAUGCCAAAGUACAACUACCUGAUGGAUCACCUAUACCUUGUAUUCUUUUAGCAAAUAAGUGUGAUCAACCUAAAGAAGGCCUAGCAAGUUCUCCGUCUAAACUUGAUGAAUUUGUAAAAGAAAAAGGUUUUGCUGCAUGGUUCGAAACAUCGGCAAAGGAAAACGUUAAUAUAGAAGAAGCAGCAACUGCUUUAGUAAAAACGAUAAUGGAAAACGAUAAAUUGAUGAACAGUCAGGACUGCAUCUUAGAUGAUAAUAAAUUUUCAUUACGUGGAAGCGACAAUGAUAGAAUAAAAAAAUCGUGCAAUUGCUGAUAUUUGCCUUCGAUAAAAUGUAAAAUUGACUGCCUACAAAUUUACAUACACCUUAUCAAGCCAUAAUUAUAAUAAUCGUGAAAUCGCGUCGAUUUUCCAUAUAUUUGCCAUUUAUAAAAACCGUUUAUGUUGUAAGAUAUUUUACAUUAUUUUAAGUAUUUAACAUUUUAUAUAUAUUCACGUCAUGAUUGUAUUUUUAUAGUUAUAAAUCUAUGUAUAAAAAUUAACAAUGCAUAUAAGUGUAUAUACACCAUGCAUUUUAUAUAUAAAUAUGUAAAUAUGAUUGUUAAAGUUGCGAGAAGAUAGAUUGAAAGUCUUAACAAAUUAUUUUUAUAUAUAAGAAUUAUUUUAUACGAUUGUUUGUAAUGUGUAAGCGCAGCUGUCUAAGAGUACAAUCCGUGUGAAUAAUUGUUUGUUGAGUUCCUGAAAUUGUGAAUUUUAUAAAUUUAACAUUUGUUAAAAAUAA